AUGUUAUACUCAAUCCUUCAAGUCCGAAUUUAUAUUUCAUUCUUGAUUACCUUACUCUUCUCUUCAGCAUAUGGACAAAAUGCUGAUCAAGUGAUCACUUUCACCCGAGGUAGUUCUGUGAUUUAUUACACAUUUACUUCACCAGCCAUGAGUUAUAAUCCGAUCCCAACUGGAACCAUACCAAACGCAUUAGAAUAUUGGAAUAGUGUACAUGGUAAUAAUCCUGAUGCAACACCUGGAGCAACUACAAAAGAUAAUGCAAGUAAUUCAGAUGCUGCAAGUUUUAGGAUCGCUAGAUUACAUGAAUUGGCUUGGACAGCUUUCACAGUGAUGGUUAGUAUCUGUUUAGGAGUCGCAGCUGUUGUGGUUGUUUAG